CUCCGCCGCUCCGCAGUGCACCACUCUCCUAAAGGCUGCUACUGCUGUGCGCGCAGGGCUCAACAGCAAAACACAGAGACGUGCGUGAUCGGCCCUGCACGUCUUGACGCGUGCGCGACUCCAGCCAGUCCAGCUCGCUGUCGUCGCCAGCGGUUGGCGGGGCCCGUCUCUGAGCGCCCGACCGCAUACACCGGCCUUUGCCCCCCUCCUAUUCGCUCAGCCCGACAUACCCUAGACAUCCCAGAAACCUCAAAGGAAAGCGUAUACACAAACAGUAUCCGCUCUUCGCCAUGGAGAUAGCUCAGCCAGAGCACGUGGCCCCAGAUGGCCAGGAGGCGCAGAAGCACAUGGACCAGACCAUGGACGUCGACGACAGCAUCAACAACACCACCAUCACCGCCUCCACCAUUGCACCCCUGCCCGACUUCUCGCAACAGAUCAACAACAAUAACAACAACGACAACAACAACACUACGACCGCCGCUGCCCACACCCCAGAGCCCUUCCGCCCCUCGACCUCCUACUCCGACACCGCCUACCAGUACACGACCCACAACGGCUCGCGCUUCAACACGCCCUCAGAUGCGGACACGCCCCCGCGGCCGCCCUACUAUGACGGCCCCAAGGAGACACACAUGGGCCAGUCGCACUCGCGGCCCUCGUCGCAGAUGGGCCGCUACCCUUCUUCCGAGGGCGGCUCCAGGGCAAACUCGUACCAGGAUCAGAACCAACGGAGCGCGCAACAACAGCAGCAGCAGCAAGAUGCGCCAAACAAGAAUGCCAGUGUCGUCAUCAAAGUGGGCAUGGUCGGAGACGCCCAGAUUGGCAAGACAAGCUUGAUGGUCAAGUACGUGGAGGGCAGCUGGGACGAAGACUAUAUCCAGACGCUAGGUGUCAACUUUAUGGAAAAGACAAUCUCGAUCCGGAACACGGAGAUUACCUUUUCCAUCUGGGACUUGGGAGGCCAGCGCGAAUUCGUCAACAUGUUACCACUCGUCUGCAACGACGCCGUUGCCAUACUCUUCAUGUUCGACUUGACGCGCAAGAGUACCUUAAACUCCAUCAAGGAAUGGUACAGGCAAGGACGCGGCUUCAACAAGACCGCCAUCCCAUUCCUAGUGGGCACAAAGUACGAUCACUUUGUCAAUUUUCCACGGGAAGAGCAAGAAGAAAUCUCUAAUCAGGCCAAACGAUUCGCACGAGCCAUGAAAGCUAGUCUCAUCUUUAGUAGCACUAGCCAUAGCAUCAACGUGCAAAAGAUCUUCAAGAUCGUUCUGUCCAAAGCAUUUGAUCUCAAAUGCACCAUUCCCGAGAUAGAAAACAUCGGCGAGCCGCUCCUCCUCUACCAGGCCGUCUAGUCGCCGGACCGCAGAGUCAGAUCCAAGACAGAGGCGACGCGAAUGAACCUUCACCAUGGGCAGAUAGGACGCGUCUUCUCUCGGAACGUUACCAUGAGCGAAUGAAUUGAUGAUUUUCUUGCGUGGGAAUGCAUGACUUGGCGACUGGAGCAAUGUACUACAUUAGGGCAAGCAACCAAAAGGGCGUUCUUUGCUUUGGAGUCUGUGGAGAGCUGUAACCUUGGGAGCAUGGAUAGCUCCGCCUUAGGGCUGACCCCGUGCUGGCGCUUGGGAUGCCCAUGACGAGCAAGAUCUCGUAGCGAAUACUGUAGUGUCUUAUCAAAGUACCGGAAUGCCGCAAUCGCUCUGCUCUGUGAUAUGGGCGAGAGUGACAAUCAUCAGAAUAAGAAUCCCCACAUUCAGAGUACACUGCACGGUUUAUUCGCAAUACCAGCCUCAUAGGCUCGAUGCGAACGGCUGUUGAAUGGGUUGGAACGAUACCAUGG